AAUUGCGGAUCGUUCGAUGUUUUUAUCUAUUCAACUCAAAAGCAUUACAAUAACGUUUAUCUAUUUCGUGUCGUUCGCCGUUCCUUUUGUUCGCGUGCGAACUGCAGUAGUGCUCAACGAUACGCGUACGAUUUGCCAUUUUCUUCAUCAUGGUCACGUGGACGGCCGACAGCGCCGAGGCCGUGGCCGCCGUGAACAUGCUUCGCGAUAACGUCCACUUGGCCGGUACAGUCUAUCGCGGCACGUGGUACUACCCGCCGACAGUGCUGGACGAAAACGGACGACUGUGGGGCAGCUACACCGACCACUUGGACCGUGUGCUGAAGAACCGGAUGCUCCUGCGGUAUUGCUACAGGUCGCUGCAGCCGGACGCGCCCGUGCCCGUGCUGCUCGACCGCACCGGCCACGUGGCCAUGGUCGAGGCGUUCACGGCUGACCUGAUGACGUACUACCGGCCGCUGUUGACCGUGGUCGACGCGCUCCGCACCGACCUGGGUGCGCAAACCGUUUGCCUGGUGGCCGAGGCUAACAUUUUGUACAACAUCGCGUCGGCUAUGAGCCACUUGUUAAGGUUAAGCCGCGUAAGAGCGUUUGCGACAGAAUUGUAACCGUCCAUAGGUUGUAU